AUGGCCAGACGUGCUCCUGUAUGCAUUUCCCCCAGUGGAAAUGAUAUCUCCAGUUCUAGAGAGAGUGCGUCGGCAUUCCCUCUCUCUGAUUCUAGUGACCCCUUGGUGGCCCACAAGGUCGUGGUAUGCAGAGAUAAUCAGCCUGCUAGCAGCGAGUCCUUGGCAGCUUCCUCUCCGCAGGGACCUCCUCUCUCAGGCGGGAGGAGAAGUGUUUCAUCCGCGCCCAGAUCUGUGGCGCCUUCAUGCUUACCUGCUGAGAGGUUAAACUUGGUUGCUAAGGGUUUGCCACCUAGUGUGAUAGCGGCAAUUCAGAGCGCUAGGGCCUCAUCUACUAGAGGCUUGUACGCUUACAAAUGGCGAGCCUUCGAGCAGCGGUGCCAGGACUGCCACACUCUCCCAUUUCAGUGCUCUAUUGUGGAUGUUUUGACAUUCCUGCAGGAGCUGCUGGAUAAGGGCCUUUCAUUUUCGACAAUUACGGUUUAUUUAGCAGCUAUAUCUGCUUGUCAUAUUGGCUUUGACGGGGUGACACUAGGUGCACAUCCCCUCGCCAUACGUUUUCUGAAAGGAGUUCGCCGGCUGAGGCCCGUGCUUAAGUCCAGUGUCCCUGCUUGGGACUUGUCUUUGGUGCUGGAGGCCCUUUGUAGCCCCCCGUUUGAACCUAUUGAGUCUGUGGAUAUGAAAUUUCUUUCAUAUAGGACUGCAUUACUUCUCGCUUUGGCUUCGGCAAAGCGAGUGGGUGACCUUCAUGCGCUGUCUGUGCAUCCCUCCUGCACACAGUUCUCUCCUGAUGGCCACAAGGUCGUAUUGCGUCCAAAUGCUGCCUAUUUUCCCAAGAUCAUGCCUGCAUCUUAUAGCUCAAUGGAGUUUGAGUUGCUGAGCUUUUGCUCCCCUCCUUUUGCAUCUGAGGAGCAGAGGAGGAUGCAUUCUCUUUGUCCAGUGCGUGUGCUACGCACCUACAUUGAGCGUACUCAGAAUGUACGUUUAUGUGACCAGCUGUUUGUCUGCUUCGCUAAUCCAAAUAGAGGUAGAGCUCUGUCCAAACAGAGGCUGUCCCACUGGAUUAUAGAAGCUAUCUCACUGGCAUACGGCACCAGAGGUCUUGCUUUGCCCCACGGGGUGAGAGCUCAUUCCUCCAGGGGGAUGGCAACCUCAUGGGCUCUUUUUAAAGGGGUGCCUGUAGCUGAUAUUUGUGCGGCAGCUAGUUGGGCAUCACCGCACACUUUUGUGCAGUUUUAUCGGUUGGACGUUACAGCCCCUUCGGUGGCUCAUGCUGUCCUUUCUGCUGGGUCUACCACUCACUAA